ACAUCUCCUACAAAACAAAAAGUACAUUUUACUCAUGGUUCAUCUCAACUUUUAACAGUCAUUUUACACAUUUUGAAAUACAAUUUAUGUACAUGUCAUACUUAUUUUUGUUAAGUAUAUGCUAAAUAUUUAAAUCAGUAUUUGAGAUAGUAGCAUACAAAUUAUUUUUUCAAUUCAAGCCACAUGGUGGACAUACAUUUACAAUAUAUAAUGUUAAUAUUUUUUUCAUAUCUUUUUCAGGGGGUCGACAAUUAUAUGGCUGUAAAUAUUCGCAAUGUUGCCCAAGCAGGCCUGCUUUCCCAGCAGUACCCACCACCCCUACUUCCUAAACCUGGAAAGGAAAAUGUCAGGCUCCAGAAGUUACUUAAGAAAAGUGCUAAGAAAAAAGCUGCUGCCCAGGCUUCCCAGACACCAGCCCCUUUCCGGUCAAGCCUCUCUCCAGUAAGUGAGGCCAGUCCUGACUUGGAGUACAGUGACCACUCAACCCCACCCAAGACACCAGAAACACCUAUCUAUGGAGCUUCACUGUACCCACGGUUCAACAUCAGGCCACUGUAUCAGCAUUCACUAUCCCCUUACCCUCAUCAGGGCAGCAGUUCUUACAUCCCACCAGCAAGGUUCUCUCCACAGCCUUAUGUUACACCACAACAUUCAGCCACACUAUUUUCAUACACAACUCCUACCACUCCAUUUAUUUCUUCAUAUGCAGCAACGUCUCUAACUGUUACAUCUGUAACUACAACAGCUGAGGUUAUCCAGCCUACUGCUACAAUACCAGUGUAUGUGGCGGUAAAACAAACAAAUAAUGUGCUGGCUACACCUACUUUUAUCAUCUCUAAAGCUGGAAGUCCUCAGCCAUCCUCAAAACCUAUGUUUGAUGUUCCGCAAAUUACAAAUUACACCGCUAAAACAGCAACAUUAAAAAUCUCUCAAUAUGCAUCCUCACCAACAAUGCAAAGGAGUAGAACACCAAUUUCUGAAGUGCUGCGAGCUCCAACACCAACAUUUGAAGUUAGAAGAAUUGUCACACCUACUUCUGAAUUAAAGAGAGAUAAAACACCAACUAGAGAAAUCAGAAGGGUCACAACACCUACAUUUGAAAUUAAAAGAGGUGGAACACCAACACCUGAAAUCAAAAGGGGAGCAACACCAACAUCUGAAAUUAAAAGGGGUGCAACACCAACAUCUGAAAUUAAAAGGGGUGCAACACCAACAUCUGAAAUUAGAAGAGGUGCGACACCAACAUCUGAAAUUAGAAGAGGUGCGACACCAACAUCUGAAAUUAGAAAAAGUGCGACACCAACAUCUGAAAUUAAAAUGGGUACAACACCAACAUCUGAAAUUAAACAAGGUGUGACACCAACAUCUAAAGUUAAAAGUGGUAUAACGCAGAAAACUGAAAUGAUAUGUGAUUCAGCCCCAAUUUCAGAAAUAAAGACUGUGACUACUCCAGCUUUAGAGAUUAAGAAAGAUACAACACCUCUCUUAACCUCAACUUCCGAAAUAAGCGAUGCAACAGUUAUGACUGAGACAAGAAGGGGCAGAACCCUGACAAGGACAAGGACACCAACAUUCGAUCUUUCACCAUCAAAAACUCUAUCAGGGCGACCAAAGACACCAUCAUAUCAUGUUUCACCUGCUAGGACACCUGUUAUAGAAAUUUCAAGACCCAACCCACUUUUAUUUGUUGUCUGUCCUGUGUAUAUAGAGGGCAGAAGAUCCAAAACACCAACUUCAAGUUUAGUUGGGCCAAGUGAUGAAAUUUCUCAAGACAAUGAGCUAGUACAGCAAAUUAAUCUUUUAGAAUCCAUAGAAAAUGGUGAGGUCCAAAUCAAAACAUCUGAAAGUUCAGAAGCUAUACUGUCUUAUGAAAAGCCCACAGAACUAGAGUUGUCAAAGCCAAAGAUCACAGUAAAAGUUGCUAAAAAGACUACAGAGACCACUGAAUCCCAAAGCUCAAUGACCAGUAUAGAUGAAGGUCCUAAACCUCUAACUCCUACAGUUGAAUUUCGAGGUCCCAAAACACCAAGCUCUGAUUUUCCUGAAACCAGUAAACCCUUAUUGGGGCAUCAAAAACAUACUUUACCUUCGUUUGCAGGUCAAAGACCAAGAACACCAACAUCAAAACCCAAAUCAAAAUAUUAUGGUUUAACCCCUGCUGAAUAUGUUGCCUAUGGGGGAAUACAGAGUUAUACACCCGCAUUUAGUUUCUCUAGAGCUAAAUCACCAUCCACUGUAGAACAUAAAUCCCCAGAACAGGUAACACGUGUACCUGCUUCGAAACAGAAACCAGAGAGUCUCAAGGGACCUGUGGAUAAAGUGUCACCAUCCAUAACUGCUGCUAUUGAUAAUGGAAGUCCCGCUGCCCUGAUCGCUGAUGUGUCAAAGGUCGCAAUGCUGAAAGUAGAGGCAGAGCUCAAACUGGAGCAAAGUAUAUCUACAUCAGAGAGAAUGGUAACAGAGGAAAAAGCCACUGGAUUUUCUGAGGUCAAAAUACCAACUAUUGUUGUAUCUAAAGUUGACACACCACCUUCAGAGGCUCUCAUGAAAGUAACCACUAUUCCUGAACCACAAGAAAUUAAGACUCCAAAAGAUGACACUUCUAAACCAAAGACAGUGCCAUCUGUAUCUUUAAAGGAGACUACUAAACCUGAAAGCCAGCCAACACCACCUAUAAAAGCUGUAACGCCUGACCAAAAAGCAGAUAAAAGCGCAAAGCUAACAAAAAUAAGCACAAUUUCACAUAAGAAACCAGAGCCUCGUAUGUCUUUAUUGGAGAGAAUUAAAGGACAAAAAUCUUUAUCUGCCCCUCCAGCUAAGGCUCCUGAAAUACCAGUGACAGAAACAGUAGAAGAUAAGCCUCUGUUCAAGCCAAAGGAUGACCAGAAGGAAAAAGUUCAAACUAGUGAAGAUUUAGCAACACCAAAAGAGAGGAUAUCAAAAGAUGCUAAGCCUGUAGUUGAAAAAGAGGAGGAAAGUAUGCUCCCAACUGCAGAGCCUCUCCUAAAAGCCUUUCAGAAACCAAAAGGUAUGAAGUCAAAACUCAGUGGCUGGUCUCGACUCAAGAAACACAUGGUGGUGGAGGUAGAGGAACCAAAGUUUCCUGUUUACGAACUAGAACUGAAGAAAGAUGCCCUUGAUGGAACUGCUCAGGAAACUACUAAGCAGGAAAAUCAAGGCAAAGAAACAGAUAAGACUAAUGAAAAAGAGGGUAAAGAUCCCCCUAGGGCAGCAAAAAUGUGGGAUGCUGUCCUAUUCCAAAUGUUUGCAACCAAAGAGAGUAUCAUGCAACAGAUUGAAGCCAACAAAUCUGAGGAGCAAAAGGAUGAAGAGGCUAAAUCAAGUGAAACAAAAGAAAUUCCUUCAUUUGCACAUCGCCUUCCUGUUCUCCUUUACAGUCCUCGAUUUGAUGCCAGGAGACUGAAAGAGGCAGCUUCUCGACCAGUGGCAAAAAUUGCAACAGUGUUUGAAAUGGGUCUCAUAGGCCGCAAAAACAAAGACGAAGAACCAAAAGACUUUAACAGAACAGCUAGAGGAUUCUCUACUACAAAAACUACUGCUGUCUAGGUGAUAAAUAACAGUGAUUUCAGUAAUUGUGUACAGUUCUAUAACAAUCUAACUAUACCAAAGUUGAAAUUAAGUAAAAAGCAAAUAUAAGGUGUUUGUAUGAAUUACAAAUAGGAAUUAUGGAAAAAAAGCAUAUUGCUUUUCCUUACUCAAAUCAUAUUAUUCUAACAGAGAGAUUCAAGAUGUGGUAAAAAAAAAAUAUUGAAUCUUCUGAGCUUCUUCAUUUUAUAAGUUGUGUCCAGUGUCAUUCUGAAAUGGCUGAAUGACAUGAGAUAUUCGCACAAUCUACUCACAAAGUAAUCAAAAUUUAAAGGAAGUUUUGUGAAGAGUGUAAAUCUGAAUUAUGGGCAUCAUAAUUCAUCAAUUUAUCUCUGAAACAUUCACCUGUAGCUUAAACAUACACUACACUCAAUGCCCACUGUAUUAGGAACACCUUUAUACCUGCUCUGUCAUGCAGUUAUCCAGAUUCCAGUUCUUGCCUGACAUCAGUGGACCUGAGAUAUGGUCUGCUGUUGUAUACCAUCAUCCUUAAUUUUCAAAGUGUUUUAUAAAAUGCUUUCUGCUCUGUUCUGAUGUAUCUCACCAGAAAGUCAUUUCUGCUUUUUACUGGAGAGUCUAAACUCUAGAGAAAAGGCAAUCAGCAUUUUAUGAAAUACUCAAACCACUCCGCCUCAUUCUGAUGUUUGGUGUGAACAGUACAUUUAGCAAUUGACUUUUAGUGCAAUUUUAGUUGCAGUGCAAUAAAGUGCUGGCACAUAAAUGGCAAAUUGGAUGAUAGCAGGAAUGAGCAAAUGUACAGAUGUUCCUAAUAAAGAGGCUGGUGAUUGUGUUUUACAUUUAGUGUAUUCAAAAUGGUGCUUUUUUUUAAUUUUCUCCUUCUCUUCUCUUCUCUUCUCUUCUCUUCUCUUCUCUUCUCUUCUCUUCACUGUUCACUCUUAUUUUAUCUGCUGCUUUGUAUGGCAAAGCCUGUGAGACAAAGGUCUGAUUGUAUGUUCAGAAAAGGAACAGUAUUUACAGGGUGUUUGAAUGUUGUAGUUGGAUGAAUAGGUGGAAUGAGGGCAACCGAGAGAAAACAGGCACUUGGAAAUGAAUGAAAAAGUGUGAAUGCAAAAAAGAAAGAAAACAGCCUGAAUAUACCACGGAUCUCACAUGAAAAUGAUGACCAGAGCAGGUCUUCAUGAAGCUGUUUACAACUAAAGUGUGACAGGCAGCUUAACUUGAAAAUGUGUUAUAUGAUGCAGAAGUAUAUAUGGUCAGCUGUUAUGCAUGGCUAUUUGGUUUUGAUUGUUCCGCUACAGUUAUGUUGAAAUUAGGUGUUAACUGUCCAUGGCAUAUAUUUAAUUAUUUGCCCUUUUGUUGUAAAUGUGAGUCUGUGUGUAUAUCUGGAUGUUUGUUUGAAUGUCUGUCUGUCUGUCUGUCUGUCUGUCAUUAAAAAUCAGAAUGGGUACACUGUAUGGGCAGUGAAAUGUGAUCUGUAUACAACUUAGCACUUUAAGGUGCUGGAUUAAAUGUUUUAUAUAUUGUUUUUCUAAUAAAAUUUGCUAAUUUGGA